CGUCGACUGAGUUGACCACGGAAAUCCGAGUGUCGGCUGGAUUGGAUUGACCAGUGGGCGAAUUUCAUUUUUUUAAUAUCCAAAAUUGCUGUCGCUGUCCCGCUGCAGCAUCAGUCCGAACAGUGACAAAGGUACAGUCGUUUGCAUUGAGGUCCUGGUUUUCCAGAUGAUGCGUUUUCAGUAUGUAGGGUAAAGCCCAAUUAAAGUGAGACCAGCUUCAGGCUAACUAAUCCAAAUGAUGUCAGUUAUCUCCUUCACCUGCAAGCAGUCACCAGCUGCUCUGUGCGGCCAUUCGCAUGCUAUUAGAUGGAGCUCCAGCGUUCAGUAAACAAAUGCUUUAUAAUGAUUACGGUUUGUGAAAUUGGUAAACAGAAAUUCGAUUUUUGUAGCAAACAUAUUAGUCUGUCCUGUUCUUGGUCAAUACACCUGGAAGCAUCCAGGAUGAAGACUAGCUGACUAAGUAUUAUGGUCGCGCCAAUCUGUAGGAAUACAAAAGCUUUGCUGCCAAUUAAGUUUUUGUCACGGAAAUUCUCCAGCUCAGCCCUCUGGGUUUCAAAAAUGUGUCAGUAGAUACGUACGUGUAUGUGUCCAAAAAUAACCUGACCUCAGCCAAUCAGGAAUGGGAAGGCCGGACAACGACACAGGUUUGACUUGUUCAGUCAGUGUGGUGAAAAGAAAAGUUGUAUCGAGCGAUGGAGAGGAAAAGAUUUGAAGAAAAAAAACAAAAAAGACUUUUUUUUGGACUGUAUAUUUCUGCCCGAGUGCCAGUAGGUUUCCACUCCGGCUGUCCGUUGACUAAAAAGGCCGUGUGUAAGAGACGGUCAGGUCUUCAAAGGUAAGGAAAGGAGGCGCAGUAUUUUUGGACGGGGUCUAAUUUCACACAUGACUUCUGUAACCAAUAGCAGCCGUGAACAGCUUUGAGGUGAAAGGCUCUCUUGUUGAGUCUUUGAAACAUGGCUCUCAGUUGGCUCUUCGGAUCGUUAAUUGUCCGGUAUGCAAACGUUGAGAUAGCAAGGUUUCCUUUCCGUCCAGGCUCCUACUUUCUCGUCGACUGCCAAGAGGUUAUUCUUCACAAAAAGGCUCCAGAGCUUGAAUUUAAACAAAGCUGAACACAAUCCUCAGGCUGGAUCGAACUUAUUUUCCCUGCUACCACGCCAGCGUUCCUGGACCAUGGCCACGUGCCUCGACUUCCAAGUUCACGCUGCUUGUGUCAGCGAGGUGGAUUAUCUGGAGAGUCCUCGCGCAGUACCGGAGGUGGUCGCCUUGCCCGACACUGAUCCGCUGACCGCGGAGUCUUUCUGUCAGUGUGACCGACAAGAAGAGCUCAGCAGCGCCUGCGUCUGCGGGGAGGAGGAGGAGGAGGAGCAGGAGGAGGAUGAGGAGGGUUUUGAGUGGGAGUGGGACGAGUGCUUUGCGUCUUCAGGGGCCCGUCUCAGCUGUGGCAACAGGAAGGUGAGCUUUCACCCAGACUACAGCUGUGGCACGGCGGCCAUCCGCGGCACCAAGGAGCUCACAGACGGCCAGCACUUCUGGGAAGUCAAGAUGACCUCGCCCGUCUAUGGAACCGACAUGAUGGUGGGAAUUGGAACUGCAGAGGUGAAUAUUGAGAAGUUCAAUUUUAGCUUCGGCAGCCUUCUGGGCCACGAUGAAGACAGUUGGGGACUCUCCUACACAGGACUUCUCCAGCACAAAGGGGACAAAGUGAAGUUCUCGUCCCGGUUUGGCCAGGGCUCCAUCAUAGGAGUGCACCUGGACACCUGGCACGGCACCCUGACCUUCUACAAGAAUCGACGCUGCGUAGGUGUCGCCGCGACGAGGCUGCAGAACAAGAAGUUCUACCCCAUGGUGUGCUCCACAGCGGCUAAGAGCAGCAUGAAGGUGAUCCGGGCCUGCUGGACGCCCACCUCGCUGCAGUACCUCUGCUGCGCCCGCCUCCGCCAAACGCUGCCCUGCCGCCCCGACGUACUGGACGCCGUGGAGCUGCCCCCGGGCCUGCGCAGCGUCCUCCGCUGGCGGCUCGGCUGGGUGUUCUCCCUCGGCGGCGGCCCAGGCGCCUCGGAGCGGCGCGAGGACCCGCCCGGCGAUUCCCGCCAGGAGACGGGCCCGCCCACCGAGGCCCGAGCCCCCGCCCCGAGCGCCUGCGCGAGCCCCUUUCUCGACGGGGUCCGAUACGACUGUCGAACGUCACCUCGAACCAUUCCGUGCACUUGGCACAACCCGCCGGGCGGCGAGUACGACAGCUGCAGCUCCGAGCCGGAGGACUACCAGAGCAAACGAGGCCGCUGGGCGUGACCUCGAGGUCAAUACGUGUUCUGUUGCAACUCCGAGUGUUCAGAGCAACCGAAUCUUCAAGCCACUGUUUAAGUGGAUUUUUAAUUGGACAAGUUUGGUGUUCAAACAGUGGGGAUGAAUGAGAAGGGAGUGAGUGUGCAGUAGGAAAAGACGUUUAAUCCUUCAUAUUAUAGCCAAUUUCUACUAUUCGGGUUAGUAAUGAAAAUAUGAAGCAUAAUCUACCAGAUUAGAUAAACACAAUGGAUAUCUUGUGUUUAAGAUCUCCAGUAUAGACUCCAGGGACAAAAGAAGUUGCUUUUUUUGAUACUAUGGAAAUUACAUUUCUUUUAUAUGUGUUUUGUAGUCAACACGUGGAAUUUUUCCAGAUCCUUUUUUUUAAUUAUUAAUUCAUUUAUUAACUUUCUUCCGCUUGAAACUCGCUUAUUUUACGUGUCAAAUGAAUUAAAAACGUUCUGCUGCAUCUUA